ACGACAAGGCGCGAGACGCUUGCUCAACGGAUGGUGAAGCAACACUGGAAUCUUCGCGUGCACUGGUAGAGAAUACCUUCUGCUGUGCUUUUUAAACGUGGUUCGAGACAAAGAUCCAGCAUCGUGCCAACAGAGGGACAGGGUGGACUUUCGCUCGUUUACCAAUCCAGCAGUGGCCAUGCCAUUCGGCUGUUUACAUCUCGGGGAGAAGAAGGACUUCCACAGCCCUGCGGAGGUGACUGACAAGUAUGACCUGGGCCAGAUCGUCAAAUCGGAGGAGUUCUGUGAGAUCUUCAGGGCCAAAGACAAGAGCACGCUGAAGAUGUACACCAGCAAGAGGUUCCUGAAGAAGGAUGGGAGGAAAGUGCGGAAAGCUGCAAAGAAUGAAAUCUUCAUCCUACAGAUGGUGAAGCACCCCAACAUUCUCCAGCUGGUGGACGUCUAUGAAACCAGAAAAGAGUACUUCCUCUUCCUGGAGCUGGCCACAGGUAGAGAGGUGUUUGACUGGAUCCUGGAUCAGGGAUAUUACUCCGAGCGGGACACCAGCAACGUGAUCCGGCAAGUGAUGGAGGCCCUCGCAUACCUGCACUCUCUCAACAUCGUCCACAGGAACCUCAAGCUGGAGAACCUGGUCUACUUCAACCGCCUUAAACAUUCUAAAAUUGUCAUCAGUGACUUCCACCUGGCCAAGCUCGAGAACGGCCUCAUCAAGGAACCGUGCGGAACUCCUGAGUACCUGGCCCCGGAGGUGGUCGGGAGGCAGCGAUACGGUCGCCCUGUGGACUGCUGGGCCGUGGGAGUGAUCAUGUACAUCCUGUUGUCUGGCAAUCCACCCUUCUACGACGAAAGCGAUGAUGAUGAUUAUGAAAACCAUGACAAGAACUUGUUCCGGAAGAUUCUGGCGGGGGACUACGAGUUUGAUUCUCCUUACUGGGACGACAUCUCCGACUCAGCUAAGAAUCUGGUAGUUCGUCUGAUGGAGGUGGACCAGGACCUCAGGAUCACAGCGCAAGAAGCCGUAAACCAUGAAUGGAUCUCUGGAAAUGCUGCCUCCGAUAAGAACAUCAAGGAUGGUGUGUGUGCUCAGAUAGAGAAGAAUUUCGCCAAAGCUAAGUGGAAGAAAGCAGUUCGGGUCACAACCAUCAUGAAGAGGCUGAGAGCUCCAGAGCAGAGUAAUGCAACAGGAGCCACAGCAGCAGGAGCAUCCGCAACAACAGGAGCCACAGCAGCAGCAGGAACCACAGCAGCAGGAACCACAGCAACAGGAGCCACAGCAGCAGCAGGAACCACAGCAGCAGCCACAGCAGCAGGAGGA